AUGGCUGAGGUGAUACCUUUCACGGUUCCCAGCGAGAGUGACAAAACCCUGUUGGUGUGGGAGCUAAGCCCAGGUCCCACGGCCGAAGAGUUGCAUCAUUCUCUGUCCGCAGCCUUCUCCCGCUUCGGCCUUCUGUAUUCGGUGCGCGUCUUCCCCAACGCUGCGGCCGCCCGGCCCGGGUUCUACGCCGUGGUCAAGUUUUAUUCAGCUCGCGCUGCUCACUCAGCCCAACAGGCCUGCCACCAGCAGCCGCUCUUCCAGUCCUCUCCGCUGAAGGUUCGUCUCAGCAGACAUAAAGCAGUUCAACAUCGGACUCUUGCCCUAAACAGCUCCCAAUGCCAAGAACUGGCAAACUACUAUUUUGGUUUCAAUGGAUGGUCUAAAAGGAUUGUCAAGCUUCAGGAUCUUUCUGACAUUGAAGAAAGGGAAAAUGAAGAUAUUGUGGCACCACUUGAGAAGCAAAGCGUGAAGAUCUUCUGUGCUUUAGAGGUGGUAUUGCCAUCCUUUGAUUGCAAGAGCCCUGGAGUUGGCAUAGCCCAGGAGACUUUGGAUAAAACGGAAGGACCAUUAUCAUUCCUUAUGAAAAGAAAGACAACUCAGAAGUUUGCUAUACAAAAGGCAGUGUCAGAUGCAUUUCAGAAACUACUCAUUGUGGUUUUAGAAAGUGGUAAAAUAGCUGUGGAAUACCGACAUUUUGAGGAGCUCACUGAUGCCAUAACCGAAGAACUACAUGAUUUAAUUCAAGUCAGCUACCUGUCUUGGAAGCAGGAUGGCCAAGGGGAGGAAGAAUGUCUCUCGGAUUUCAGUAGUGAGGAGGAAGCACCUAGACCACCACAACUGGACUAGUACUAUUGAAUUCGCCAGCAUUCCCUGCAGGGGGACACACUGUUCCUUCUCCCCACCCCCACCCCGGUGCUCUCCCCAUAC